UCUUUCUUACAGACAAAAAAAAGAAUCUAUUUUAUUUUGUCUUCCAUUUUCUUUUUUGCAUUUUCACCACCACCUCCAUCACCAACAAAGGGCUAAUUUCGCCGCUGAUUUUCUCCCUCUCAAGUCUUCCCCUCAUCUCCCUUAGAUUAUAUCAUGGCGGAUAAGGGUCAACCAUUGCCCAAGUUUGGCGAAUGGGAUGUUAAUGACCCAGCAUCAGCUGAGGGGUUCACAGUUAUAUUUAACAAGGCUAGGAAUGAGAAAAAGACAGGUGGAAAGCCCGACUCACCAGCAAAAGACAACUCUGGUUUCAAGCAUGGCACUGGUACUCUUGGUGGAAAACCUCAGUCUAAAAAAUGGUUUUGCUGCAUACAAUCUGCUCAGGCAGAAUAAUGAGGCGACUCUUACCUGGUAAGAGCACUCAACGGGAGUGUAUCGAUUUAUGUAUAGCUGGCCCUAGCUUAUAAUCCAGAAGACUGGAGCUGUAUCAGAGGCUGUGAUGGGUCCUGCUGGAAUUUGUUUGUUGUGACUUUAAGCUUUUUGUGAUGAUGUGGGCAUGGGGAAGUCUGUAAUGAAAGAACAAUGUCAUUUUUAUAUUUAUAUAUACUGGUGGCUUAUUUA